CAGGGCCGCGGCCUCGUGGCCUGGCGGGCAGCAUGGACAGCCUCUUCGUGGAGGAGGUGGCCGCCUCCCUGGUGCGGGAGUUCCUCAGCAGAAAGGGUUUAAAGAAGACGUGCUGGACCAUGGACCAGGAGCGCCCACGCUCCGACCUCAGCAUCAACAGCAGAAACGACCUCCGCAAGGUUUUGCAUCUUGAGUUCCUCUACAAAGAGAACAAGGCAAAGGAAAACCCUCUAAAAACAAACCUUGAACUCAUUACCAGAUACUUUUUGGAUCACUGUGGAAAUACUACCAACAACUUCACUCAAGAAACACCAAUCCCUGCGCUCUCGAUGCCAAAGAAAAGUACCAAAUUGCCACUGAGAUGCUCAGAGACCACACUUGUAAAUAUCUAUGACUUAGCAGAUGAAGAUGCCAGCUGGAGAAGCUCGUUGUCAGAAACCAGCAAAGUCAGACACGACAAUCAUGAUGGGGAUGUACUUGGUAAUUUUGUAUCAUCCAAAAGGCCCCCCCACAAAAAUAAGCCCGUCCAGAUUGUCCCUGGUGAGACCAGCCCCUUGGCCCCGGUGUGGGAGAAGACGGACAAGCUCCCACCAUCCGAGCCUUCCUUGGACACCAAGAAGAUGGCAGAGAAGAUCAGGCCCAGGACUGGCCUGAUUGUGCGAGGCAUGAUGUCCAGGCCCACCGCCAACUGCCCACAGGAUCCCAGCCGGAAGCACUCUCUGAAGCGGUCCCCAACGACGACCGUGAAGAGCAUGAGCCAGCCCGGGCCGCACGCCCAGGAGGAGGAGAGCCGGAAAGUGACUGAACUGUCCACCUGCACCCCAGCCGGCCCCAGCCCUGAGGAAGGUCUGGCACUGAACAACGGCUUCGUGGCCCAGAGCUCACUGCCCUCCGACAGGCCGAGACCCAGCAGCCCUCCUCCCCUGUCCAGCAAAGGGCUGCCCCCCAGGGGCAGGGGCCAGCAGAGAGAGGCGGCUGUGGACAGUGGCCUGGGAGCUGACAGGAUGCCUCUGAAGCUCUACUUGCCAGGUGGGAACGCCAGGGCGACCCAGGAGAGGCUGGAGAGAGCCUUCAAACGGCAGGGGAGCCAGCCGACGCCCAUCAGGAAAAACCUGUCGCCACCAUCCAGUAAGGCUGGGGGAGAGCUGGACACCCUGGAGCUCGAGGAUGUGGAGGAUGAGCUGAUCGAGGAGGAGGUCAUCCGCUGCCCUGUCCCAUCGGUUCUCCAGCUGCAGACGGCAUCUCGGCCCAUCGACCUCUCAGUGGCCAAGGACAUCAAGAACGUUCUGUUUGGCUCCAGCUUCUGCUGUUUCAAUGAAGAAUGGAAGCUCCAGAACUUCACCUUCAGCGAGGCGGCCUCCUUAAAGUACGGCAUUGUGCAGAACAAGGGGGGUCCCUGCGGGGUCCUGGCAGCGGUGCAGGGCUGUGUCCUGCAGAAGCUCCUGUUUGAGGGCGAGGGCAGAGCCAACGGCGUGCGGUCGCUGCAGCCUUCUAGUGCCCAAAGGACACGCUGCCUGGCCCUGGCCCUGGCCGACAUUGUGUGGCGGGCUGGUGGUCACCAGAGAGCCGUGCUCGCACUGACGUCGGGAACACAGCAGUUCAGUCCAACGGGGAAAUACAAAGCAGAUGGAGUCUUAGAAACACUCAGCCUGCACAGCCUGACGAGCUACGACGAGCUGUUGCGUUUUCUCCACCACUGCGUGCCUCAGUUUGAAGCAGGCCCCUAUGGCUGCAUCCUGCUCACUGUGUCUGCCAUCCUGUCCAGGACCACGGAGCUCAUCUGCCAGGACUUCGAUGUCCCCAGCAACCACCUGAUCGGAGCACAUGGCUACUGCACGCAGGAACUUGUCAAUCUGCUCCUGACCGGGAGGGCCGUGUCCAAUGUUUUCAAUGACGUGAUGGAGCUGGAUUCUGGGGAUGGGAGCGUCACUCUCCUCAAAGGCAUCGCCGCGCGCAGCAACAUCGGCUUCCUGUCCCUCUUCGAGCACUACAAUGUGUGCCAGGUGGGCUGCUUCCUGAAGACCCCACGCUUCCCGAUCUGGGUGGUAUGUGCCGAGAGCCACUUCAGCGUCCUCUUCAGCCUGCAGCCGGCGCUCCUGCAAGACUGGCGCUCUGAGCGGCUCUUCGACCUCUACUACUACGACGGCCUGGCCAACCAGGAGGAGCAGAUCCGACUGACCGUGGACACCACCCAGACAGUGCCUAAGGACAACGGCCAGGACCUCACCCCACCCCUGGAGCUCUGCAUCAGGACCAAGUGGAAGGGCGCCUCCGUGUGCUGGAAUGGCUCGGACCCCAUCCUGUGACCCCGGAGGGGCUCCCUUACUCACCC